GGCCGUGACAUGGAGGGAGCUGGGGCGAGGGGGCCGGUCGCUCGUUAAGGCAGCGGUGGCAGUGUCGCUGUGCUGGUUCCCUAUCGCCCAUCUCCUGAUCCCCGGCCCCCGCAGGCAUGGAGCCCUCUCAGGUUGCGGUCAUCGGCAGUGGUCUCAUUGGUCGCAGCUGGGCUAUGGUAUUUGCUGCUGGAGGCUUUAGAGUGAAACUGUAUGAUAUUGCACAGCAGCAGCUAACAAGUGCACUGGAAAAUAUACGCAAACAAAUGAAAGAGCUGGAGGAGUCGGGGUUCUUGAGAGGAGCUUUGAGUGCAGAGCAGCAACUGUCUCUCAUUAGCAUCUGUACAGACCUGAAGGCAGCAGUAGAGGGUGCUACUUUCAUUCAGGAGUGUACUCCAGAGAACCUGGAACUGAAGAAGAAGAUUUUUGGUCAGUUGGAUGUUAUUGUUGGUGCCAAUGUUGUCUUGAGCAGCUCGACCUCUUGUCUCUUACCCAGCAAAUUGUUCACUGGUCUUAAACAUGUUAAGCAGUGUAUUGUGUCACAUCCCGUAAAUCCACCUUACUUUGUGCCAUUGGUUGAAAUUGUUCCUCAUCCAGAAACAGAUGCUUCUACUAUAGAGAAAACAUAUGCCCUGAUGAAGAAGAUUGGUCAAUCUCCUGUCAAACUAAACAAAGAAAUUGAGGGGUUUGUUCUGAACCGGCUCCAGUAUGCAGUGAUAAGUGAAGCCUGGAGACUUGUGGGUGAUGGAGUGGUGUCUCCUACUGAUCUAGACCUUGUGAUGUCUGAUGGAUUGGGAAUGCGAUAUGCAUUUAUUGGACCUCUGGAAACAAUGCAUCUUAAUGCAGAAGGUAUUUCAAAUUAUUGUGAAAGGUACCGUGAAGGUAUGAGACUUGUUCUGAACACCUUUGGCCCGGUUCCAGAAUUCUCAGGUGAAAUUGAGCAGAAAAUCUCUCAGGCAAUGUCUGAAAAAAUCCCAGUUGCUCCAAAAGCCCUGGAUGCCAGGAGAAAAAGGAGAGAUGACUAUCUCACUGGUCUUGCCAAGCUGAAGAAACAAAUGAACUGAGGUGCACCUGUCUAACAGGAGAGACCAAAUGAAGAGCAAAUCUUCAUAAAGAGUGGAAAUUUUUGGUCCUGCAGAAGAGGAGACUGAAUGUGCAGCCAAUGAUAACGCACAAAUGCAGAAAGCGAUGAGACGUUUGUUCCAAAUUUGUUGUGACGUGAUUUGUGAAUAACUGGGAACGGUUAUCCAAAAGUUCCUUUGACAUUGAUCAGAUUGCUAGCUAUGUGCAUUAGAUGUGUAAGCAUUAAGCAGCUUUAGCAACAUUAAUAUUGUGCAAUGCUGGGACACAAUCAUAUUUUAAAUGAUGCAUUUUUCAGCUCGCUUAGGAAUCGAGCACUUGAACAAUGUUUGCUUAUGCAGGGAUCUGAAAUGGGCAAACGUCAGCUGUUUGUCACUGGAGGAAAUAAGCCCUCACCCACCAGUCACUGUGUCAGCGAGGUUAAUUUGUAAAGCACUGACAUAGAUAGGAGCAUGUUGUAUGGAGCAUGUUGUAUUGAGCAAGGAGUAGAUUCACUGGCCAGUGAGCUGAGACCUCAACAGUAGUAAGGGUCGCUUCAGCUUGUAUAUGUAACUGCUCCACCACGUAGGGAAAAGAAUUACUUCUCCUUUCCCUCCUAUUGGCACUUUUGUACCUGUGUGAUGAUUCACAGGUGAGUAAAUAGAGCAAAAUUCCCCCCUCAGCCCCUACCCCUAGAUCGGUAAGACGUACCACAGACCUACUCAGUCUUUAAGACCACGAACUUGAUACGUCAUGGCUUUGCCUCGAGCUUGUCAAGACAUUAGAUGCUGGCUGUUGGCAUCGCUGCCUAAGUACGUGUCCCGCUUUGAGACUUGUCUAUAAGAAAGGAGAUAAUUUGAUUUAAUAGCUAGUUUGUGAGACAGUAUGGUGUAGUGGAUUGGCCUGGGCUUUCUCCAGGCCGCUCCAUGACUGUCUGUGUGAUCUUGGGAAGCCAGUUCACCUCUCUGUUGCUAUGUCUAUCUUAUGCAUUAUCUGAAGCAAGCACUGCUUCUUUAGGACUCGGCUGUACUGAAUAAGACAGUGGCACCUGAAGGAACCCCAGGUAUCUGCUGCUUUACUCCCCUACAGAAGGAAAGAUGCAGUGGCUUAGAUGCAGCAUUUAUGCUUUCCUGCUGCCCUUCCUACGGGAGGCACAACAUCUCCUCCACAUACCGGAGUCAGUGUACACCUGGAAGUAGUAAUACCCUCAGUUGCUGCAGUGGUGUGUUUUGGUCCACAGCAGACAAUGUCUGUACCUUGUAAUAUAGUUAGACUUUGAUCUUAGCUGGAACCUUGGGGCAUUAUUGUUAUGCGGGUAGUAAGAAUAACUUGCAACAGCGCGUUGCACCCACCCUGCUUGAGUUAAACAUUUCUGAACUCAUACUAACUGGUCGUGUAACUUCAGUCAGAGCAGAGAUGUAGAUGUUUUAAGCUGUCAUUUUGCUAAUGCUCUGCUAAUGCAGCACACAGACAGGUUGCUUAAACUUAAUAGUUUCCAUUUAGAGCUGAACAGCAGAAAUAUCUGUGUUAACACACCAGUACCACCUAUUUCUACUUAGGUCACAGUAAAGGAGACCAAAGAUAAUUGUUUUGCUUGACACAAGUGGUGGGCCAAGAACACAUCUCUGGAUGCAAAACAUGGGAUGGGAGGCACAACACAGAGGUUGUCCUGUGCUGCUUUAUAAUCAAUGGAGAAAAGGGAAAUUUUGUAAGCUCAAUUUAUUUUAUCACAAUAUAGACCUCAAAUUACCAGCUUCUUCCAUUGCUUUUUAUUGGCACGGUGACUGGCUCAACCAGUGUUUACCUGUCUGAAGUUGGAGAGGUCAGUCCUCACUCCUGAUGCCUUAUUAAGCAAUAGUAAAUUAACUGUGGAGCUGAUUUCCACAUUUUAUGUCUGUUUUUGUAUUUGAGACAAAGCCAUAGGAAGUUUCAGUUACUUUUAGGAUUAGACGUGUUUGCUAUGAGCAUAUGACAUCGUCAUAACUAAUUAGCACACAUUGCUUCUGUUUAUUCUGAGAUGUUUUUAAACACGAUCAUGUCAUCACAUAGUUGCCUCUGCCUUUAUUAUUUGCUUAUGAAUAAAAUAUUUUAAUGAGAAA